AUGGAUAGCGUAAAGAAGAAGAAGAAGUCGCGCAAGUCCAAGAACAAGGACCGCUCAUCUCCACCAGCGCCCUUAAAUGGCAUCGAAUCCGCGCGUCCUCGAGACGAAGAUCAGUCACGGCCCUCGAAGCGAAAGCACGAGUCCGAUCCCGAGCGCAAGAAGAAAAAGAAGAAGAAGCACCAUGCGGCAAAGGACGAACUUGAUGAUGUCUCCAUGGCUGUCGCAGUAAAUGAAUCAGAACUUCAAGCCAACUCGCAACUGGAAACCCUGGCAGAGCCCCGUCAGACUGGUCAGAAUGGAGUUGAGAAAGAGGCUCCUGCCACACCCACCUCCCAGCCCCAAACACCUAAAUGUGAUUAUCCUACGACCGGCGAACUCAACAGCAAGGGCGUGCCGAGGAAAUUGAGAGGAUCCCGGCCGGGCGGAAAGGACAACCUGAAAGUGGGGUUUUUCACACCUGACGAGGUUGAGAAAGUGGAAAACUUCAAGAUCCAAUUCUGCACUAUACAUGGCAUUCCAAGUAACGCUUUUAAUGAGAUGGUGCAACAUUCUGAGCGAGGAGGCGCCGAUUUCCCGUGCCCGCAGAGCAUCGCGACGAAGCACGAGUUCUGGUCCGACAUUUAUUCAGUUCUUCCUGACAGGGACCGCAGAUCUCUGUAUCGUUUCAUGCGGAGACAUUUCCAAGUUACCGGUCAAAAAGCGCACGAGUGGACUGCUGAGCAGGACGAUGAGCUUGUCUCUUUGAUGAAGCAAUACCCAGCGAAGUAUGCGUAUAUUGGCAAAAUCCUUGGUCGCAGCGACGACGAUGUGACGCAGCGGUGGAAGAACCGUCUUGAACAUCGCGAAAAGAUGAAUCAUGGAGCAUGGGAUAUCGAUGAACUACAAACUUUCAUGAAGGCAUUGCAGGAAAUAUAUGAGGCCCACGCAAUUGUGACCCCCGCAAGUGCUGGCAAAGACGUUUAUGAGAUGGACGAGAAGAUGGUUGGAUGGGGUGCCGUCAGUAAUUCCAUGCAAAAUCGACGGUCUCGUCAGCAAUGCGCCGACAAAUGGCGAAAGGUCCGCAGAAAUGUGUUGGCUAUGCGCGCCAACGGCAACCCGGAUGCUUUCUUCGAUUUGGAAGAGGCCGUAAGGCGGUCGCAAGAAAGAUCGGCCGGCAAAAGCCAGGAGUUCGUGACAGAAGAUGAAGCAGACGAUGUCGACGACGGCCCAGUGGCUAUCAGCACACCGACAACAGAUCUCAAAUACGGAUUCGUGGAUCAGCAGAAGAUGAUGGCGUUAGCUUCAGAGGCAGCGAAUGACACCCCGGCAAAGAGCUCGUUUUCGCAACGGGCUGAUGUCGAUAUGGACUCUGAGUCGAUACCCGAAACCGCAUUCCUGACCGAGAAGCCCGAUACACCAGCUGCUGUCCACGGACUGCCCACGCCGUCAGGACCCCCGACUCCACUAAGCGCUGGUAAUGCCCAGACGCGUGAAUUUAACCGAAUGGCGCGAAUCAAGGAAAAGAUCAAGGCAGCCAACAAGUCGAACCCCUCUAAGAAGCGCCGUCACUCCAAAGUCGAGCCUGAGCCCGAGCCGGUAUCCGAGGCCUCAUCGCGGUUAAAGGAACAACAGUCUGAGAAAGAGCGAAAGAAAGAGAAGAAGCGAAGAAGGAAAGAGAAGAGGCGUCAGCGCGAGCUUGAACGAGAGCGUGAGGGUGAGGGUGAGGGUGAGGGUGAGCGAGCAUGCAUUGAACCCGAGGUCGCAGAGACACCUGCAAAGGAAUCUGGUACAGGCGAUAAGGCGAAGAAGCAAAAGAAGCACCGAAAGUCACGCGAUGUCACCGAUGUCGUCAAUGCAAUCGCAGCUGCCACACCCGAGAAGAAAAAGAAGAAGCACCGCAAGUCAGACAUGGGGCCUGGUGCCACUGUCGAGUCUCCUGAGUCCCUGAAGAAGCCAAAGGAGAAGAAGAAGAGGAGGAAGAAGAAGAAUCAGGAGAGCCGCGAGGAAAAUCAAGAGCGUCCUACGCCUUCCAGCCGCCAAUCCGGGGCCCCCUCUGAAACCGAUGAGUCGAGCAGCGACGACGGAAGGCACUUCAAGAAGGAGGACUCUUAA